AUGUCGAGUGAUGCAACUGAAAUAAUUGGUGGUAAAGAAGUGAAGGCCCAUUCGCUGCGUUACAUGGCUUGGCUGAAGGAAGUAAAGUGUGGAGGUGUUCUCAUCCAUCCCCAAUGGGUUCUCACUGCUGCCCAUUGUAACAACGCAACAACAGUGCUGCUUGGUGUGCACGACCAGACAAAGAAAGAGACGGAUUCCCGCCAGACCAGAAAGGUUGCAAAAGAAGUUCUUCAUCCCAAAUACAAAGACUUCAAAACUGGUAACGACAUCAUGUUGCUCAAGUUGGACCAACCUGUGGUGGAGAUGAAUACAGUUCAGAGAUUCGAGCUGCCCAAAAAGGCCAAAUCCCCAAAGUCUGGCAGCCGCUGUAUGGUGGCUGGAUGGGGGAGAACAAAAAAUGAUGCCAAGGAAUUGUCCAGCGUCCUAAUGUCUGUGGAAGUCCCCGUGAUUAACAAUAAAGAAUGCAAAAAGUCUUACAAAAAAUUGCCCAAGGACGUGAUAUGUGCCGGUGGAAAAGGGGUGGACACUUGCGGUGGCGAUUCGGGAGGUCCGCUGGUGUGCAAAGAGGUUCUUGUAGGAAUCACUUCAUAUGGGACGAAAACCUGCGGCAAAAACCCAGGAGUGUACGCCUUCCUCUCGACAAAGCAACUUGCUUGGAUCAGAAGAGAGAUGAAAAAAAAGGAAAUGUGA